AAACCAAAAAUGAUGAAGCAGGCGUUGAUAGUAGCCGUGGUUCUCCUGGGCGUCGCGAGCGGCUCGUGGGCGGAGGAGACGGUGCGUUCGACCGACAAUGCCUUGUAUGAGGGCGCCCUUGAACUUGCCAGAGCCUCCACCGUUUACAGCUACAACUUCAAGAAUCUUGUUAUUUAUAUGAUCAUUGCGUUCGUGCUCAUGGUGGGUCUCACGGGCAUCAGAACCGGCCUGGGCUUCAUCGGGCGCAGCGCAGAGGAGUCGUUCUUCGACAAAAGCGACUUGCUUUACCUCACCACGUACUUGGUGAGCGACGGCAUCGAGCGCUACGACUGUCUCAACCGCCUGGCCUGCUUGGAUGACCGGAAAGCCGAGCGGUUACUUACCACUUCCAAAAUGAUGAUCAACGGUGCCAAGUACCUGCAGCCGAUAUUCGGAUACUCGCUGGAAAAGUACGAAACGAUCUCAGACGGAGUUUUCGACGCCAUCUUGUUCCGCCAAGAGGGAGGUUCGUGUGACAGCCGAUACACGUGCCCCGCCAUGCCCAGCUUGUAAAACGACCUCGCCCUCACUCCUAGACACCAGUUCCUCCUCAUUCGAACUUGGACAAGCUAUCUCCACGUCGGUUGGAAGCCCUAGGUCGCGCAGGGAGCGACGGAUAUACCUUCUCACGUAGCUGAGAUAUACUGUAGGUUUAGGACAUUUCCUUCGUUUUCUCUUGCACACUGGAUUACGUAGCGUUAUUUCCACGUGUCACGCCUUCAUGCACGUUUGUGGCCAGUCUUUCUCCCAGUUUUGAAUAUCUUCGUGUUUCAAAACUGUUAAACUUAAGUGCUCGUUCUAACGAUUAUCACCAAUGCAACCGCUUUCCCAUUUCCUCUUCGUGUGAGAUUUCCCAUUGCAUCCAUUCAGCCGUUUGCUCAGAUGUACAAAGUGUCUUUCUCUCCUGGUGUAAGAGACCUUCACUUACACUGAGUCUUAUGAUUAUUUAUGUUUGUAUCGUUGUUAUACUCUUGUACUAAUGCACAUGGUCGCUGGAUCGCCUGUGGUGCAUUGGCAAGUCCUAAGCAUUACGCAAUACCUCUUCUCAUGCCAGUAAUUCAUAUGUUCUAUGAGGAUCGAAUCUUCUUUGUUGUUGUCACUUUAUCAUUUUAUACAAGUGUACAUAUUUGUUAUAUUUAUUUAUCAACUUGAACAAA